AUGCUCUUCCACUCCUCAAUGAUGACGUUGCGGAGCUGGCGGAUGUUGAGACUCUGCACCUCCUCCACCCUUCUGCUUGAGGAUGGCCCAAAGAUGUUCUAUCUAUCUAUCUGUCUAUCCUCGUGUAUAUUUCUUUUUUAUCGUUGUAUCCAUCUAUUACCCAGCAGAUUCACUCAGUUUUCUCUUCCAUUUCCUCUCUCUCUCUCUCUCUCUCUCUCUCUCUCUCUCUCUUCCUGGUUAAUUCAUUCAGUUCUCUCUCUUAAUUCAUUCUUCUCUCUCUCCCUGGUUAAUUCAUUCAGUUCUCUCUCUCUCUCUCUCCUGUUCUCUCUCUCUCUCUCUCUCUUCCUGGUUAAUUCAUUCAGUUCUCUCUCUCUCUCUCUUCCUAAUUCAUUCAUUCAGUUCUCUCUCUCUCUCUCUCUCUUCCUGGUUAAUUCAUUCAGUUCUCUCUCUCUCUCUCUCUUCCUGGUUAAUUCAUUCAGUUCUCUCUCUCUCUCUCUCUCUCUCUUAAUUCAUUCAUUCAGUUCUCUCUCUCUCUCUCCCUGGUUAAUUCAUUCAGUUCUCUCUCUCUCUCUUCCUGUUCUCUCUCUCUCCUCUUCCUGGUUAAUUCAUUCAGUUCUCUCUCUCUCUCUCUUCCUGGUUAAUUCAUUCAGUUCUCUCUCUCUCUCUCCCUGGUUAAUUCAUUCAGUUCUCUCUCUCUCUCUCUCUUCCUGGUUAAUUCAUUCAGUUCUCUCUCUCUCUCUCCCUGUUCUCUCUCUCUCUCUCCUGGUUAAUUCAUUCAGUUCUCUCUCUCUCUCUCUCUUCUGGUUAAUUCAUUCAGUUCUCUCUCUCUCUCUGGUUAAUUCUUUCUCUCUCUUCCUGUUCUCUCUCUCUCUCUCCCUGGUUAAUUCAUUCAGUUCUCUCUCUCUCUCUCUCUCUUCCUGGUUAAUUCAUUCAGUUCUCUCUCUCUCUCUCUCUUCCUGGUUAAUUCAUUCAGUUCUCUCUCUCUCCCUGGUUAAUUCAUUCAGUCUCUCUCUCUCUCUCUCUUCUCUCCUGGUUAAUUCAUUCAGUUCUCUCUCUCUCUCUCUCUCUUCCUGGUUAAUUCAUUCAGUUCUCUCUUUCAUUUUCUCCCUUUUAUUUACUCUUUCUUUUUUGAAUGAAUUUCCUUCUUUCUUUCUCUUUCUUUUUUUGAAUGAAUUUCCUUCUUUCUUUCUCUUUCUUUUUUUGAAUGAAUUUCCUUCUUUCUUUCUCUUUCUUUUUUGA